AUGGGUAGCGGGCAAAGGAGCCGCUGGGCUACAGAAGGCGACUUUGACAAAUGGCGGCCAACGAUCACGAGGUUGUACAUGGAGGAGGGGAAAGUGCUGAGAGAAGCCAUGAAGAUUAUGGAAGAUAAACAUGACUUUCAUGCCACCGCAAAGAUGUAUAAGCAGAGGAUUUUGAAAUGGGGCCUACGCAAGUAUAAUAAGAGAAAAGCAACAGUCCCUCCAUCAUCAAGCGCUCAUGAAGAGCCAAUGGUGGUGUCCAAUGUCCCUCAAUCAAGCACAUUGACUGUGCCCGACACUACAGAAGACAGCAAUGCGGACAUUACAGAGUUGAGCAUUGUUCGCCCAGCAAGAAUUCAUACUAGGCCUGGUGGUGCGAGGAUGCGGCUGAACCCCAAUGCAUCAUCAAUCUACAAACGCCUCAAUACUCCAGAUGACUUUCGACUGCCCGAGGAAGUGAUAUUACUCUCGCAGCAGUUUGGCUUUGGGCUCUUGGAGCAAGGGCACUGGGCGGACAGCAAAACCAUUGGCAACCCAGAGAGUAACCAGUGGUGGGGACGAACACUGCUGGCCUCGCAAUUCCUCGACCUGGGCAAGUACAAGCAGGCCUUCAAGACGUUGAACCAGAGCUUUGAGCAUUUCUCGACGCUGCUGGAGAAGCCGGAUCUGGCCCUGAUCCAAGGAGCGUACCUAGUCGCCCUGCAGCUUGACCACCGCAUCGGCGGCAAGUUCUUGUCGUAUGCAGCCGAGAUGGCGGCCGUCAAGUUGCCGGCGCGGCACCCGCUGCGGAUCAUCUUGUCCAAGCUCCGGGAUGCCGGGACUCUGCAGCUCAGGCGGCACGCCCUCCAGAUACUGGAGAUGUACAACGAGACGCUCGAGGCUCAACUCGGACCGUCAAACUCUGCGGUUCUGCUUCUCUACGAGAACAUGUACGAUACGCUCGACUUUCUGAGCACCGAGAAGGAAAUGAACAUGGUGGGUGAGGGAAUCAUUGAAGGGAGACAGCUGGGCCAGAUUGAGCGGCUCGACGCGGCGGGACUAAUGGCCGAGGCACAGUCUACAAGAUUGGCCCUGAGCUUUACAUACUGGCGAGUGGACAGGGUGGAGGAGGCCGAAAAGCUCAACGACGGGGUCCUGGAAUGGCUCAGAACCCACCCCAAGAGUGAACACUCGAAAAAGAUUGAUUUGUGGGAUAGUUACUACGUGCGAUUUCGGUGCAAGGAGAAGACGGGCACCAAGGACGAAGUUGAAAGAGUCGCGAGGGAGUAUAUCAAUGUUCUAGUGCAGGAGACAGGGUGGGAUAAGAGGAGGACUAUUGCCGCGACUGGGCACCUGCAGAAAUAUUAUAAAGACCACGGAUACAUCGAAGAGGCAAAAGAGCUUGAGAAGGAGGUUGAAGCAGCGUCUAGAUCUGCCGGGCUGUUGGAGUGA